CGUCGUGCUACAGAAUACCCCAAUUAUCUAGGUUGUUAGGCGAAUUUGUGCAGUAUUGGCGUUUUACUUGGGCAACUUCGCUUGCUAGCCAACUUUUUGCAGGUUGAACGCGAGUGACAAGAGAGAGAAGUUCAUUGGCGAGUGUGCUUACUCUCACUACAUUACUGGCUCAGUUCCAGCUACCUGCUGUAUUCAAGGAAGUCCGACAUGGCGCUUCAUAACCGGGCUCUCAUUGCAGCAAAGUGGUUAGCCGAUGCCGUCAAAUGCAAUCGGGUAGGACCCAGUCUUCGUGUUCUAGAUACCUCUUGGUACCUACCGAAAUUAAAGCGCAAUGCCAGAAAAGAAUUCAAGCAGAAGCACAUACCAGGUGCAGCAUUUUUCGACAUUGACCAGUGCUGUGAUAAAACUUCACCGCUUGAUCAUAUGCUCCCUACAGAACGCGCGUUUGCGGAUUAUGUUGGCAAUUUAGGGAUUAGUAAUGACACGCACGUCGUGGUAUACGAUGCCAGCGAGUUCGGAUGUUUUUCGUCGCCACGAGUGUGGUGGAUGUUCAGGGUGUUUGGACACAACUCUGUGUCUGUGCUAAACGGCGGGUUGAAAAAUUGGGUUCACGAAGGCCACGAAGUCACUGACAAAUAUUCCAAACCAAAACCCGCUGAUUUUCGAGCAACUCUCAACGGCACAUGGGUGAAGACAUACGAGGAUAUUCUGGACAAUACUGAGACAAAACGGUUCCAAAUUGUGGAUGCCAGACCUGAGGGCAGAUUCCACGGGACAGACGCUGAACCCAGAGACAACACAGAGCCGGGACAUAUCCCAGGCUCCAUCAGCAUGCCCUUCCACUGCACCCAGGCGCCCUCUGGCCUGACACUGCCCCGGGAGGAGCUGGCGCGACUGUUCCAGCGGGCCGGGGUGGACCUGGGGCGCCCGGUAUGCGUGUCCUGUGGCUCGGGGGUGACCGCCUGUAACAUCGCCCUGGCUGCUCACGUUUGUGGCCACCCAGGGGUGUUCGUGUACGACGGAGGCUGGUCCGAGUGGUACGCCAGGGCUGUCCCUGAGAAUGUCAUCUCGGAUGGCCGCGGGAAGCACGUGUGACGUGCCGGCCGUUGAUUAACCUGCUCGCUAUUGAACUUGGGAGCUCGUAUUGAUUGCUUGUAGAGAGUACAAGGGUGCCAGUGGCAUCACUGAGAUGAGAUUAGGGGGCAGCCAUUUGCAAGGAAUACAUUACAGGUCGGGGGUAUGUUUUUUUAAAAGAAUAUUUUAUUUACAGAAUAUAUUCAAUGGAAUGUGUGGAGUGUGGGACAGAGCUGAGAGUUUUAUAUAUGUGAAGAUGUAUUUGGAUUCACAAUGAAGAGUUAGUGAAUCAUGAGAAAGUGAUAUGCAUUUCCUAAAGGGUUUGGUAGAUGUAAGUACUGGUAUGUCAUUGCCCUGUGUUUUGAUUGAUUUUGAUUGUCAGUAGACCAUGCAUGGUAGACCUGCAUGGUAAUCAAGGUUCUGAAGCACUCAACUUUUACCUAAUUUUUUUAAAUUGUGGGUAAAUCUUAAUACAUCACGUUACAUUAUGUGUUUAGCAGACACUCUGAUCCUACUUGCAGUAUAGAAGAAACAGAAGUGCAUUCACCUGAUUAAAAUGAACUUAAAAUAGUGCCAGACCAGCAAUUCCUUAAACAUCCCUUAAACUCUAGUGCAAGUUGUCUAUGCUAACCAGGAACAAAACAAAAGAUUCUGAAUGUGUGUUUAAUGUAGACUACAUCAAAUGGAAAUCUCAGGUGCUCUCAAAUAUCCAGCUUGAAACGAUGAGUUAGCAUACUUGGCAACCCCAGGAGGCAGUAAAAUUAUGCACUAAUAAUUAAAAUGUGUUUGCAUGUGUUUGUGUGUACGUGUAAAGUCCUUGAAUUUGUUGCCAGUUUUUUCUUUUAAGGAGCCUUGGCUUUGUGCUGGCGUGUAAAGAUACAGCUUGCUGUCUUUAUAAGAGAAGCACACCCAUGCCAUGGUUUCAGAAGAUAAUACAGAAAGUCCCACCCCACAUCACAUGACACAUAAAUAUCUUACAUUCACAAGAACACUUCCAAUAAGCAAAUAUGGCUACAGGGUUGUGAAAUAUUUGGAUUAUGCACGAGAGAAGGUUAUAUCCAGUACAUCCUGUUCUAUUACUGUGGGUUAUAUAUCAAUUCCGUUAUUUCAUACCCAAACUGCAUUGUUUUCUUCUGUUUCGUUAAUAGUUUAACUUGCUUGUAUAUUUGAUGAAUCUUGUGGCUUUAUUCAAAAUGCAAAUCUCAGGAUAUUUCUGAUUUGAAAACUUUUUAUGUAAAUCUGUCUUUACUGGUAUGAAAUGAAUUUGGUUUUAGAUCUAAAUAUGAUUAAAUUAAAUUGUUUUGAUGCUUAUAAUUCUGUCUUAUUUUUUCUUUUUUGUGGUAAACUAACUCCUUUAUGCCAUAUGCUUAUGCAUAUGACAAAGCUGCAAAAUAAAAUGAAAUUUAAAAUA